UCAAAAACUGUAUACUGUAUACAAACUAUAGAUGAUUCUUUUCUUUAUUUGACUGCUGAGCACCAAAUCAACUUUUAGGAUGUGGUUGCUGAUAAUAUUGGUGAGCUUCCUGAUAAUGGCUGCAGGAUCAUGUUGGUACCUAUUCAGAAGACCAAGUCCAUUUACAUUGGAGUCAGUGAGACCACCAGGACCUCAUGAGAAAGACCAGAGGGAAAGAGACAAAGUGUUGAAACAAGGAUUUACCAAGGAGAAAAUUCCCAAAAAUCUGGAUGCCAUUGUGAUAGGAAGUGGCAUUGGAGGAAUGACGGCAGCAGCCACAAUGGCCAAAGUAGGGAAGAGAGUCCUGGUGUUGGAGCAACAUGAUGUGGCAGGAGGCUGUUGCCACACUUUCACCAAACAGGGUUUUGAGUUUGAUGUUGGACUUCACUACAUUGGACAGCUGCACGAAAACAGUCUGUUUAAGGUUGCUAUGGACCAAAUCACUGAGGGUCAACUGGAGUUUGUGGAGAUAGAUCAGCAUUUUGACAAUCUUGUGAUUGGUGCUGGAGAGGAACGGAGAGAAUACAGCAUUUACACAGGCAAGUCUGAGAUGGAGCAACACCUGAAGAAGCAGUUUCCUGAGGAUGUCAAAGCUGUGGAGGAGUUCUUUAAGCUAAUGAAGAUUGCAGCCAGCCGGACUCCAUUGUUAGCUAUCCUGAAGCUGAUCCCAAGGUGGUUGGCCCUGUUUCUGCUAAAGACUGGCAUGGCUGACUUCUGUUCAUCUGUGUUUCGUCUCUCAGGCACCAGUGCCACAGAGAUGAACUACAGACUGACAAGCAACAAGGAUUUGCACUUGAUCUUCUCCUAUUUCUUCUAUGGUGUUCCUCCCAAAGAUUCUAGCUGUAUGAUUAAUGCUCUGCUGCUUCACCAUUACAAGCGUGGUGCAUACUACCCCAAAGGGGGCGCCAGUGAGAUUCCAUUCCACAUCACAAAAGUCAUACAGAAACAUGGAGGAAAUGUGCUUGUCCGUGCCCCUGUCAGUCGUAUUCUGGUUGAUAAGAAUGAAUCUGCAUAUGGGGUAGCAGUCAGGAAAGGUGGUGAGGAUGUCGAGGUCUAUGCUCCUGUUGUUAUCUCCAACUGUGGAAUCUACAACACCUUCCAAAAGCUCUUACCUCCAGAGAUACAAGCCAAGCCAGAGAUUCAGAAUCGUUUGGAUAUAAAGCCAGGGAAAGCAUCAUUUCUUCUAUUCUCAGGAUUCGAUGCAACCCAAGAAGAACUAGGCAUCACAUCCACGAAUUUGUGGCUUUUCAAAUCCAAUGACAUGGAUGCCAUGAUGGAUGAGUUCUUCAGUAUGGGUAAAGAGGAGGCACCAGAAAAUAUACCCAUGAUGUUGAUCACCUUUCCCUCUGCCAAAGACCACACAUCACAAAUUCGACACCCAGGCAAGUCAUGUAUGACCAUCCUGACCAUGGUGAAUUAUGAAUGGUUUGAGGAGUGGAAGGACACAAAAGUGAGGAAAAGAGGGGAUGACUAUUACACCUAUAAAAUGAGAUAUGCCAACUACCUCUUUGACUGGGCAUGUGAACACUUCCCAAAACUCAGAGAAAAGCUUGUUUUUCAGGAGGCAGCCUCUCCUUUGACAACUGUGCACUAUCUCGGCUCUAUGCGAGGAGCCAUUUAUUCAGCUGAUCACACCUUGGAACGCUUCAAGGCAGAGACCAUUGCUAAGAAUCGCUGUGAUAGCUCUGUAAAAAACCUUUACAUUUCAGGUCAGGAUGUGUUUAGCUGUGGUAUUGCUGGUGCAAUGCAUGGUGGACUACUUUGUGCCUCUUCAGUGCUAAAUCGAAUAGUAUAUAUUGACCUCUUUCUGCUCAAGAAAAAACUAAAGAGGAAGAAAGCUAGGGAGAUUGCCAGACUGAGCAAACCAAAGCUGCAGUGAUGCAACUGUGCCGACUUUGCAAGAUGGAUGGACAGCUACUCAUUGCAUUUCAAUACAUCAUAGCAAUUUUUAGCACAUAAUAAUAUUUUACACACUCUGAAAAAAAUGUCAAAAUAUGUACCCCAGCAGUUACUGGGGUGAUACCCUUUAAAAAAGAUUUGUACCUAAAGGGCUCAUAGUAGCACCUCAAAGGUUCAUAUUGAUACCAAAUCUAUACAUAUCUGUACCUAAUAGGACUUUUUUAAAGGGAACUGCCCCAAUGGCAGCUGGGGUACGGGAGAGCGGGGUAAGUUGUCACACUGUUGAUAACUCCAACAGAGGCUUUGGGCCCUAUCUUGCACCCAGCGCAAUUGACUUUGUCAGUGACGCAUGUAUCAUUCGUAUUUUGCACCGGCGCACAGCGGGUUUUUCCCUCCACGGACGCACGUCGGCAAACUAGGGAAUGAACUUGCGCUCCCUGGGCGGUUCAGCGCAAAAAAAGAGGCGUGUUGCGGCGCAAACCAUCCCUGAUGCUAUUUUGCAGUUUCAAAAAACAAUUGCGCCACUGACCAAAAAAAACCUAGUCUAAAGUCAGUGGCGCGUUGCGCGUGGUUCAUUAUGCUAUUUUAAGGGCGCAUGCUUGACCAUAAUGUAUAGCGUGCACAACGCGCACAUACUUUGCUUAUCUAAUCACAGAUGCAACAGUUAUUUUUGCAAAUCAUAAAUUGUUACAAUAAAAAAUAUUAACACAUGAGAAUCAUAGUGGUGAGCAUUGUGGUGAUAGUUUUUAUUUAUUGUGUGGCUGCGUUAAAAAAUUAUCAUGCAAAUAACGAUUAAAAUAUUAUCAUAAGAAACCUUAAUGUAUAUGAACUUGAUUUGUAAGUGCACUUUGGGGUUGGACCUUAAUAGCAGGCACGUGCAGAGGGGGGGGGGACAACUUUUAACUGGACAAAUUGUACUGUUGCUGCAACCUGAGCAGCCUCCUAGCUGCUACAAGCACACUCUGAAAGUGGCGGUGGAGGGUAGGAAACACAGCCCCGCCCCUGCAGAAGAGUGUCUGAUACCAGGCACUGUUGCGCUUUUCAACCACAUGGGGGAGCUGCAAGUCAUUUUUACAUGGAAACUACAUAGUGUUGCUUUAAAUGCCCUUUUGUGAAGGCCUGCCCAAUCUAACUAUUAGUAAAAUUAAUAAAAAAUAAUUUAGACGCAAAUAAAAUUAGUCACAUGAUGACGUAUUGACCUUUCAUUGGACAAUCUCUUUAGGGAAAGCUCACAGCGCUAGCAGCGCCCACACGUGCACGACACGGUGCGCAGUACAGGGAGGAUCCCCCUCGAGCCGGCAUUGAACCGAAGCGAUAUGCUUGUUAUAUUAUUAUUAUUUUACAAGAACAACGUGAGGAGAGCAUGCACAGCUUUUGUUUAUUGCUGUCUGUGUGUAUUAACAUCUCUACAACGUUAGAUGCAAACAGGGCUCUCAAGUCUCACGCAUUUGGCGGGAGACACACGCAUUUCAGCCAGUUUACACGCCAGUGACGCCACACCUUGCAUUUCUCACGCUGAAAAUAAAACAUUCUUCCCAUAUAAAAACAAUGGAUGAGGCAAAGGCAGGGACGUUCUCUGCCGGGAGUUCAUACAGGUAGCUGUCUCGAGUUUUUAGGUGUGCUCAACUUCACGCAGCAAUGCAAGAACCGAAACGCACAUGACAUCAAAGUACCGCGAGAAAUAUUCGGGAAAUCAUACGGAGGAGUUUGAUUUCAAAUCGCUCUCGCGCUGUUCUAAUGUCAUCCACCUGUCACGCGGAGUUUGUUGGAGGAGCAAGAUCCGAUGAAUACGGUAAAAAAACUCGUUUAAUUUUUGUAUCAUAUUGAAUUUACCAUUCCUGGACUCGCCUUUGAUAAAAGACAAUGUGAGCUGAUGUUGGGUAAUAUAGCCAUACUCGUGCUAAAUUAUUAACUCAGUCAAAAACUCUCCAGCUUUGCAACCAGUUUUAGUUUACCUGAAAAUAAAGAAAGUACUAGAGGCUUCAUAAAAUGAAUGAAAGGAGAGAUGAAUGUCAUUAUUUUAUUGCCGUGUCAUCAAGGCAUCAAAGUGUGCAAAAACACAACACAAACACGAUUCAAAACUAUAGGCUACUCUCUUUGUAUACAAAUUUCGAACAGGAUUAGAAUAGAAUAGAAUUAUAUUUUAAAUAUGACAACAAAAACACAAGACUGUAAACGUAAUAAUAUCUUAAUGUCACAAUGCAAUAAUAUCAUAUAAUUUCAAAACUGCAUAUACUGUUGACACACACAAACACAAAAUGAAAUGCACUGUAAGUCGUUUUGGAUAAAAGUGGCUGCCAAAUGCAUAAAUAUAUAGAUAUAAAACUCAGUCUAUAUAGAUUUUUCUCUCUCACUCUAUUUGCAAGGAAAAUAAAGGAAAACUUUAGACUUAAAAUCAUCUUUCUAUUCUGUAUUACUUUAUUAUUUGUUUCAGUUGUGUGCUUGCGUGUCAGCGAGCAAAGUGCCCUUUUUAUUUUUUGAGCACCUGCCUCUCCAAUUGUCUCUGCACGGCCCUGCUUAAUAGCGUUUCUUGGGUCCGAUUUCAAAGCCCCCAAACCCUUUCAGCGGUGAGGGUGGUCUGCUGGCGUCAGGUCCUGAGGCACACCCACCUCCCGUUACACGGCGCAUGCCCGAUUUAUGCUGGCAAGCUUUGGAUUCCCCCGUCUCCUGACAUCAUUGUAGCGCUUGGCGCAACGAGGGGGAUGCCAGCUGAUGAGACAAUUGUGGCUAUUUCCUCUCACGCCUGUUUAACCUACGCUGAUUUGGGCGGGUUUCCCCAUUCCUCAUACAAAACAACUUCUCUGUCUUUGACUGCUCUUACAAGAACGUCGGUCUCCUCGGCUGUGAACCGCUCCUGGCGUGCGCCUGGUAAAUCCGUCAUAAUAAUAGCAACCCGCCAUGGAACUUGCGCCCUUGCGUUUAAAGGGAAUGUUGGAUAGCGUUCUGAUUGGUUUAUUUGACGUUACGCCCAAACCACACCUAUGAAUAAUGAACCUACUUCAGACCAACCCCUUAUUGAUUUGCGCCUGGCGCAAGAGUUAUUUCUCCCGCCGGGAAAAUAGCAACAGCGCCCAAGAUCCGCCCACAAAGUCACUUGCGCAUUGCGCUUCGCACUUGCGUUUCAGAUCGUUAAAAUAGGGCCCAAAAUCGUAAAAAUCAAAUAGCCACUUUGUGUCAUGACUUCUUCUAUAGUAAACUUUGUGUUCACAUGUGGUGAUCGCUCUAAUCUGACAUUCCCACAAUUUUCUUAUUUUUGCUUAUUUUUUGGUAUAAAAAGAAAAAAAUAGCACUUUAUUUUAUGCAAUACAAAUUUGUUAAAUUUGAAUGUUAAAAAUGAUUAUUUUGCACAAAAUAGAGAAGACAAUUACGUGUCUUUUGAUACUUUAGCUGACGUGCUAUGUUGAGCUAACCCUGAGAUUUAGCCAACAUUAGCACACAUGUCAGUUUGGGGCAAGUUGUCUCAAUGACUUUGGGGCAAGUUGUCACAUGCUUUUCACACUGGAAAUAUUAUUCUAAACCCACGGAUUAACGGAACCAUGGGUUAUCUGUUUCACAUUUCACCAGGGAUUAAGAGAUAACCCUGGGUAUUCAUAUUUGACAUAAUCUAAUCUAGUGUGACAAUUUACCCAACCGUGGGGCAAAUUGUCACAAGUGAACAUUCUCUAUUCAACAGUCUACAGCUCCGUAAUGAGAUAAAAUACGAACAUUUAAUAAAUACAACAUAUGUGCAAAACUUCCUUCUUUUUUAUUGGUAUGAGAUGUAUACCAUUUUGCUGUAUGCUCAGUAAAUGUUAGACAGUGUAAAACGUGUGACAACUUACCCCGCUCUCCCCUACAUAUUUUGACCUUAUUUCUGACAGUGUAAUGAAAGUGAAUAUUUUAAAAUAUAAAAGAUUUAACUGAUUUGUUUGUCUGAGAUUCAUUGUUUAGUGCUAUAUAGCACCAAAACUGUUGCUUUGGAUCGUAACCAUAGAAGAACCAUUUUUAGUGCCAUAUAGCACCGGUGUAGCACCUGUGUAGCACCUGUGUAGAACCAUAUAGGGGUCAUAUAGCACCACUAUAGCACCACAUAUGGUUCUACAAAGCACUAUGGUUCUACACAGGUGCUUCACUGGUGCUUCACCAGUGCUAUAUGGCACUAAAAAUGGUUCUUCUAUGAUUACGAGCAAAGAACCACUUUUGGUGCUAUAUAGUUUUUAGAGUGGCAGCACUAUUAGGUUGACUACAAGGCAGGCAUUUCUCUUUAUUUGGAGAAUACACUCUUUUUUGUGCUUUGUAUAGAAAUUUGUAUAAAAAGCUUUUUUGUAUUAUGAUAGUAGAACAUAAGUAAAUGUCAUUAGAUAUAAAGUGUAAAAUGAUGUUGUCACUUUUCACUGAGAUAUUGGAAGUUUUUUUUAAACGAACCAUAAAAAAUUUAAUAGUAAUAAAAAUGUGAUGCCUGUUGUUGUUAUAAUGAAAAGCACAAUUAUAUGUGAAAGGUUUAUUGAUUACACGGUUGAAAUGCUUGAUUCUGAUUGAACAGUCACAUUAUUUGUUAUUCCCAGAGCU